CCACAUACAAAUAUUUAUGAAUGGUGUCGAAAUCAGUCCAAAACCCCUAUUGCAUUCAUUUAUUAUUAAUGCUUUAAAAUUAAAAAAUUAGUCUAACGCUGCAAUGAUUUCCGAAGAAGACCCCAUUAAGAAGGAUAGUUCUGUACGGGUGGCUGUAAGAAUUCGACCUCAAAAUUCAAGAGAGCUCAUGGAUAUGUGCCGUAUAUGUACAUCAGUCACUAUUGGAGAGCCUCAAAUUCUUCUUGGAUCCGACAAAGCUUUCACUUUUGACUUUGUAUAUGAUUGUUCUUCAAAACAGGAUCAAAUAUAUGAUGAAACCGUGAGGGCAUUGGUUGAGAGUACGCUACAAGGAUAUAAUGCUACAGUACUUGCAUACGGCCAAACGGGAUCAGGGAAAACAUACACAAUGGGAACUGGAUUUGAGCGCGAAUCUGAUGACGUUAAACUUGGUAUUGUACCUAGAGCGAUUCAACACAUAUUUGCUGGUAUCGAAGAUUUUGCAACUACUGCCAGUGAAAUGUCGCCUGCCAAUGGAAAUCCACAGUUCAGCCUUGCUGUUCAAUACAUUGAGUUGUAUAAUGAGGAUAUCUUCGAUCUCUUAGACCCAUUUAAUAAAAACACGAGUUUUAAAAUUCAUGAAGCAGCCAAUGGACAAAUCGAAAUAACUGGCGCAUCUAUAAAGCCAAUUAGCCAUCCUCAAGAUGCAUUAAAAUUUCUUCAGCAAGGUGCUUUAGCUCGAACUACUGCAUCAACGAAAAUGAACGACCAGUCUUCACGAUCGCAUGCAUUGUUUACAAUAUUUGUGCGCAGGCAGCGUUUACUUACGCCUACAAACGAUGCGUUGGAUAACGACCUAGAAACAUUGACUUCGAAGUUUCAUUUUGUCGAUUUGGCUGGUUCUGAACGCCUUAAACGGACUUUGGCUACGGGAGAACGUGCACGUGAAGGCAUCUCUAUCAAUUGUGGACUUUUAUCUUUAGGAAAUUGUAUUUCAGCGCUUGGUGAUAAAUCCAAAAGAGCGUUACAUGUGCCUUAUCGCGACUCCAAGCUAACACGACUACUACAGGAUUCUUUAGGUGGUAACAGUCGGACUUUAAUGAUUGCAUGCGUAUCGCCAAGCGACCGAGACUUUAUGGAAACAUUAAAUACAUUAAAGUAUGCAAACCGAGCGAGAAAUAUUAGGAACAAAGUGCAAAUCAACAAAGAUCAAAGUUCUCGAACUAUUUCACAGUUGAGAAGAGAUGUUUCAGCUUUACAAUUGGAAUUACUAGAAUAUAAACAGGGUAAAAUAGUAGUAGACUGCGAAGGAAAUGCCACACGCUCGGACACGUUUAAUGAAAAUAUUCUGCUCUUAUCAGAAAACAAACGAUUGAAGCAACGCCUUAAUUCGAUGCAAGAGACAAUUAACACAUUAACUGAUCGAAAUGCGCAUCUGAAACUAGAAAAAGAUCUAAAUAAAUGGUCAUAUGAUCCAAAUUUAGAUUUAGAUAAAAAUAAUGUUGUUGAAUAUUACAUUAAAGAAAUCGAAAAACUAAAAGCUAAAUUAAUAGAAUCUAAAGAAAUGCAAAAUCAACUGAAAAUUUAUAUUGGAAAAUGGCAGCCACCACUUAAAAAUGUUUAUAACGCAGAUCAAGGAAAUAUUAUAAACUUGGCAAAAAAAGGCUUGGAAAGGGACAAAGAGUUAUUGAUGUCGCGUUCCUUGCCAGGGAUACAAAACCAAAAUGACAGAUUGGAAGAAUCUGAUACUUCCAGUAGCGAUUCGGAAGAAGAAGGAGCAGUGGCAGACUUGAAUGACAUUAACUCAGACAUUGAAAUUAAAAGUAAAUUAAUUGAGCAACUCGAGCUGUCACAGGAAAGAAUGGAACUUAUGCGUCGGCACUAUGAAGAAAAACUUACUGUGCUAAAUUGUAAAAUUUUGAACACCCAAAAAGAACGAGAUGAGUUCUUGACAAAUAUGGUUUCAUCCACAUCAGUAUCAUCACAAUCAAAAGAUAGUUUAAAAAAAAUGAAAACAGAUUAUGAACGCAAGAUCACAAAUAUGCAAAGUGAACUCAAACGAUUACAACACGCCCAGACAGAACACAUUCGACAGCACAGAGAACUUAAAUCACAAGGAGCAAGAAUAAAUACCUUACGAAUUGAACUGGAACAAUUGAAGUUCACUAAAGUUAAAUUGAUGAAAUCAAUUUCAGAACAAUCUAGUCGACAUAAAGAAGAGGAUAGUAAAAAAUCAAAAACAAUUUCGAAAUUACAAGAUGAUCAGCGUCGACAAAAAAAUGCAUUAUUAUCUUUAAAAGAAAAAAUUAAUGCCAAAGAUCAAAUGUUAAAGCGAAAAACAGAAGAGGUAAUUGCCCUGCGUAAAAGUCAAAGAGGCCGAUUAAGCCAAAGAGGGGCUUUCAAUUUAGUAUCGAAAGUCGGAAAAUCCACUCGAUCCACCCAUCAGCAAUGGGAAAAGUUGUAUGGCUUCAUUUUACACGCCUCAAGAACAAGGCAACUAAUCACACAAUUGGAAAAAGAAUUGCAACGCUUAAUAUUGGAACGGGAAGAUCUUUGUCGUGAGCUGAAAAUAAUGCAAAAUGACCAAAACGUGGAUAAGACAUCUGAAGACUUCAAUGAACAAGACAGCUUAAAGACCAACAUUAGGUAUCUACAAGAAACCAUAGAACAUGUACAGCAAGCCAUAAUGGAAUUUGAAGACAGUAAAGACACUUCUCAGAGUGGCAUAUAUAAGAUACAGAAUUUUUUGGACAAUAUUAGAACCGUUGAAGAAGCUAAAUAUAUUCUUCAAAAGCUUUCCGACAGUGCAAUUAUACUGACAUGUAAUUUGGCCAUAGCGGAGACCCAUUUGCAGGAAACUGAAUCUCUCCUACAAGAAGCUCAACAAGAGAACAGCAUACAGCAUCAGAUAUUACAACAUUUUCUGUCGCAAAACAGUAAUAUGCAUAUAUCUGAUGUCUUUGUUUCUUUAAAUCUCAAAAGCAAUAUAAAUACAUUGAGUCACAGUUCUCAAAAGUCUUUAAUAAGUUCUGGAACAUAUGAUGUACCAAAAGAGGAUAUAUUUGGAGACUCUAAACAUAAAGACACAACAGAAAUAAGUAAUAGAACCCCAUCACCUUCUGGAAUCGACACCUUACCGGAUAUUUCUUCCAAAAUUCGACGCCGCACUGCUCAAAAACAAGAUCUCCUUUUUGGGGACAAUACAAUUCCUCUAAAGACUGACAGAAUGUCACGUUCUUACACACAAAAUGAUGUCAUCUGUGAUAAUCCGCUAAUGCGAGUUUCAAGUACUCCAGGAUCUUUAUAGAUAUAACACGUACAAGAUAAGUGCCUUAAAUAAUUCAUAAUAAUUGUAUGCAACAUAAUGUAACCUUUUUAAAAUGUGGAAUUAAAUAGCUUAUUUGCUUUUU